AUGAGCCUCUUUGACCUCUUUCGGGGCUUUUUCGGCUUUCCUGGACCUCGGAGCCACAGAGACCCCUUUUUCGGAGGGAUGACUCGAGAUGAAGAUGAGGAUGAGGAUGAAGAAGAAGGAGGAGCCGCCUGGGGCCCUGGGAGCCCGAGGUUUGAGGGUCCCCAGCCCCCUGAGGAAUUUAGCUUCGGCUUCAGCUUCACCCCUGGAGGAGGGAUGCGUUUCCACGACAACUUCGGCUUCGAUGAACUAGUUCGGGAUUUUAAUAGCAUCUUCAGCGAGAUGGGGGCCUGGACCUUGCCUUCCCGUCCUCCUGAGCUUCCAGGUCCUGAGUCUGAGACACCUAGUGAGAGAUUGCAGGAGGGACAGACACUUCGGGACUCGAUGCUUAAGUAUCCAGACAGUCACCAACACAGGAUCUUUGGGGGGGCCUUGGAGAGUGAUACAAGAACUGACUCUCCAAAACCAGCACCAGACUGGGGCUCCCAGAGACCUUUUCAUAGGUUUGAUGACAUGUGGCCUGUGACCCCCCCUUCUAGAGCCAAAGAGGACAAGGAUCUUGAUUCCCAGGUUUCCCAGGAGGGCCUUGGCCCAGUUCUGCAGCCCCAGCCCAAAUCCUAUUUCAAGAGUGUCUCUGUGACCAAGAUCACCAGGCCAGAUGGGACAGUAGAGGAACGCCGGACUGUGGUGGAUAGUGAGGGCCGAACAGAAACCACAGUAACCGUUCAAGAAGCAGAUGGCAGUCCUAGAGAGGGUCCAGAAUCACCAACAGCUCCAGCCCUGGAUGAUGCCUUUUCCAUCCUGGAUUUAUUCCUAGGUCGGUGGUCCCGGUCCCGGUCCCAGUAG